AUGGCUGCUCGUCCCGUCAUCGAAUACUAUUUCUCGUUCAUCUCGUCUUGGUCUUACAUCGGCAGUCGUCGCAUCCGAGACCUUGCAAAGAAACACAACGCGCAGGUCAUUUACAAGCCAGUCGACCUCAUGCAUCUCUUUUCAGUCUCUGGCGGACUGCCUGUGAAAGAUCGCGCCGUGCAGCGACAGGCCUAUCGUCUUUUAGAGAUCGAGCGAUGGACGAAGAAAAACAAUCUGCCGAUUGUCAAACAUCCAAAAUACUACCCAACUGACCCGUCGCUGGCUCAUCGACUUCUCCUCGCCGCCGUUAGCGAGAUCGGGUCUGACAAAAAUUCGAUUCAUGAAUAUGUAUUACGCAGUCAAGAUACAGUGUGGGUGAACGAGACAGACCUUGCGGAUCCCAGGGUGGUAACAGCGAACGCGGAUGCGUCUGGCUUGGAUGGGGCUCGUUUACUAGAAAGGGCGAGGCGGGAGAAGGAAUUUUUUGAACAAGAGCAGGCGCUGACAGAUGAAGCCGUUACAAAGCAAUACUUUGGCGCCCCUACGUAUGUCUACCAAGGGGAACCAUUCUGGGGUCAAGAUCGGAUGGACAUGUUGGCUGAAGUCAUCCACAGUCGCAGGAAGCCGAUACCCUUUCCCUCUACCUAA